CAAAAUAAUUAUUUAAUUGAAGAACAAACUGAAGGUUUUUAAGGAACGAUUUUUUAAAUUCCCUUUCAAGGUUAUUGCCCAAACAAUGAACGUUCCAAGAUUCGUUGCAGGCCAAUGUUCUCCUUCACAAGAAUGUCUAAAUGGAAUAUGCUGCCCACAAAACCCUAACAAUUAUUUAGAGGCUUGUGGAGGUCAAAUAGCUAUAGAACGUUGUGAUUCUGGAACGUGUUCAAACGGAUUGGUAUGUACCGCCUCUCGAUAUUGUUGUCAAUGUAAAGUUGGACGUUCUGCUGGAUAUUGUAAUAUGGGUGCUUGCAAACCCGGUUAUCAAUGUCAAAAUGGGUAUUGUUGCCCUUCUUGUCCGGAUAAUACAAUGACUUUUGGUGUUUGUACAGCGGGGGAUUCUACAAAUUAUAAUCUGCAAUAUUCAAAUGGACAGAGGCAACUGGGCUGUCCCAUUGGUAAAUUCUUAUUUUAA